AUGGCGGACGCAGCUCUGAAGCCCGAGAGGGACCUCAGCAAGGAGGCUGACAAACAGAUCAGCGAGGCAGAGAAGCUUGCCAAGUCCGACAUACAAGGUGCUAUCGAGAAGCUCACCGUGUUUGAGAAGCAGGCCCGACAGGCUUCGGAUCUCGCAUCGGCAUCUCGUACCUUGGUUGCGAUCACCACUAUCUGCAAGGAUGCCGGAAACUGGAGUCUACUCAACGACCAGGUCUUGGUGCUGUCCAAGAAGCAUGGCCAGCUCAAACAGGCCAUCACGAAGAUGGUCCAGACCGUCAUGACGUUCCUCGACGCUACCCCGAACCUCGAGACCAAGCUCACAGUCAUCGAAACCCUGCGAACCGUGACCGAGGGAAAGAUCUUUGUUGAGGUAGAGCGGGCUCGCGUGACCAAGAUCCUGUCCGACAUCAAGAAGCAACAGGGCGACCUCAAGUCUGCAAUGGAUAUUCUGUGCGAGCUGCAGGUAGAGACGUUCGGAUCUAUGGACAGACGAGAGAAGACGGAAUUCAUCUUGGCUCAAGUUGCUCUGUGCAUCGAGAACAACGACUGGAACCAGGCCGGUAUCCUCAGCCGGAAGAUUAGCACGAGAUACCUAUCACGAAAGCCGAAAAAGAUGCCAGAGCAGGUAGAGAAGGAGAAGAAGGCCCGUGAAGAGAAGCUGAAGCGAGGCGAAGAGGUGCCACCGGAGCAGGAGGAUGAUAUCACAGACCUGAAGCUUGCAUACUACGAGCAGCAGAUCACACUCGCGAAGCACGACGACAAGUACCUCGAUGCGUGCAAACACUACAGACAAGUGCUUGACACCGAAGCGGUGGAGGAAGAUCCCUCAAAGCUUCAGCCGGUUCUUCAACGGAUCAUCUACUUCGUCAUACUGUCACCCCACGACAACGAACAACAUGAUCUACUUCACCGCAUCCACCGCGACACGCGGAACUCCCAGGUCCCCGUCGAUACUCAACUCCUCAAGCUAUUUACAGUGCAUGAGCUUAUGCGAUGGCCCGAGGUCGCUAAGAUGUUCGGACCCCAUAUCUGCGGAACCGAUGUGUUUGACGGCCAGCCCGGGCAGUCUGGAGACGAGAAGGCCCACCAGCGGUGGCAGGACCUGCGCAAGCGGGUCAUUGAGCACAAUGUCAGAGUCGUUGCGAAGUAUUACACUCGCAUCGGUAUGAAGCGCUUGACACAACUGCUCGACCUGACGGAGGAUGAGACCGAGAAGUACAUCAGCGAACUGGUCUGCUCUAAGACGGUCUUCGCUCGUAUUGAUCGGCCGGCGCGGGUUGUUGACUUUGCCAAGCCGAGAGAUACGGACGACGUUCUGAACGAAUGGAGCCACAACAUGAAGAGCUUGCUUGGAUUACUGGAGCGUGUUGAUCAUCUCAUCACCAAGGAAGAGAUGAUGGCGCGGAUCCAACCGGGGGCAAAGGGUGGCAAGGACAAGAAGAGUAAGAAGAAGGCGUGA